AAUCAUUUGCCUUUAUUUUCAUGAUGGGCGAGGCAAAAGUUGUGAGCCCAGAAAUCGCCAAACAGAAUAAACAACAAAGUUAGCUUGACGGCUAGCUCUUAUCUACUGAUAUGGCGUCAGCGGCGACGGAGCCAGCGACAUGUCCAGUCGCAACACCACCAGAGUCCAUAGUACCAGCUUGCAUGUUCGCACCGGACCGGGGAUGUUCCGAAGAUCCAAUGGGGGCAGAAGGCUUUGCGGACGGCGAAGGGACAAACGGGGAGUCUGUGGAUCAUCUAGACUUGAGCUACAAGCUGGUUCUUGUGAGCCCAACAGGAGAACAGUACGAUUCGUUACUACGACAACUGAGAGAGCGGAUAGAAGAGGGCUGCGGAGAGACGAUCUAUGUGGUUGGGAUGGGCUCAGAUGGAGGUGAUUAUGGUCUGGAUGAGAAGGACAUGGAAGCAUCAGUGGCCACAGUGCAGUCGCUGUGUGAACAGAUAGAGGCCGACCUAAUCCUGCUGAGAGAGAGGACAGAAAGUGGUGGAAAGAUUCGGGACUACCUCAUCCGCCGGCGUGUGGGGGAGCAGGAUUUCCUUGAAGUCAGAGUUGCAGUUGUUGGUAAUGUGGAUGCUGGGAAGAGCACCCUGCUUGGUGUGUUGACCCAUGGCGAGCUGGACAACGGCAGAGGCUUCGCCCGACAGAAGCUUUUCAGACACAAGCACGAAAUGGAGAGCGGCAGGACCAGCAGUGUGGGCAAUGACAUCCUGGGCUUUGACCAGGAGGGACAGGUGGUUAACAAGCCAGACAGCCACGGAGGAGGUCUAGACUGGACGAAGAUCUGUGAGAAGUCCUCCAAGGUCAUCACUUUUAUCGACCUGGCUGGCCACGAGAAAUAUCUCAAAACCACUGUGUUUGGCAUGACAGGCCACAUGCCAGAUUUCUGUAUGCUUAUGGUUGGCAGUAACGCUGGCAUAGUUGGCAUGACUAAAGAGCAUCUUGGUCUGGCAUUAGCCCUGAAUGUACCAGUGUUUGUAGUUGUUACGAAGAUAGAUAUGUGUCCAGCUAACAUCCUGCAAGAGACACUAAAAUUACUACAAAGGUUAUUAAAGUCGCCAGGCUGCAGAAAAAUUCCUGUGCUAGUCCAGAACAAGGAUGACGUCGUUGUCACAGCCUCCAACUUUAGUUCAGAGAGGAUGUGUCCUAUUUUCCAAAUCUCAAACGUGACGGGAGAGAACAUGGACCUGCUGAAGAUGUUCUUGAACCUCCUCUCCCCAAGGACCACUUUUAGCAAUGACGAGCCUGCAGAGUUUCAAAUAGAUGACACAUACUCUGUACCGGGCGUGGGUACUGUAGUUUCUGGUACCACACUACGUGGAUUAAUACGACUCAACGACACGUUACUCUUAGGCCCAGACCCACUUGGCAUCUUCAUCCCCAUCGCUGUGAAGUCCAUCCAUCGCAAAAGGAUGCCUGUUAAAGAAGUUCAUGGUGGACAGACAGCAUCCUUUGCGCUAAAAAAGAUAAAAAGGUCAUCAAUAAGGAAAGGAAUGGUGAUGGUUUCUCCAAAGCUAAUGCCUCAGGCUACCUGGGAAUUUGAGGCUGAAAUUUUGGUGCUUCACCAUCCAACAACAAUAUCUCCGAGAUACCAGGCCAUGGUCCACUGUGGCAGCAUCAGGCAGACUGCCACUAUCCUGACUAUGAACAAAGACUGCCUAAGGACAGGGGACAAGGCUUCAGUCCAUUUUCGCUUCAUCAAGACACCCGAGUAUCUACAUUGUGAUCAGAAGCUUGUAUUCAGGGAAGGUCGUACCAAAGCCGUAGGCACCAUUACAAAGCUUCUCCAAUCAGUGAGCACACAAGCUGCUAAAUGCCAGCAAUUAAAGUCUCUGGCCAGUAAGAAGCCCUCUAAAGAGGGAACCACAGGAAAUGAGGAUGCUGGAUCAACAGCACGAUCACAAAGUCCAACAACAUUGACAGUGACAGAGGAGGAGGCUCUUUGUAAAGAUGACAACAAAGAAAACAAGGUAAAGAGGAGGGCGGGCUCCAAAGACAGCAACUCGAUGUGGUACUGGCCAGGUACAAAAAGAGACGAGAAAGUGAACAAAUUAGCACAGACGCUGCAUCAGGCUGUAUUUCAAUGAUAUCGAAGACCUCGCGGGUGAGGGCAGGAUAGUAUUUUUCUCAAAAUAUCCUUUUAGAGAAGCAGCAGCAAUCUUUGCAGCUAUCUGUGGUUCUGUGUUCAGUUAUUUGCUUAUGGGGUUCAACUGAAAUGUUGAAAAAUUGUGUUAAAAGUAAUAAGAAAUGCAUUAAAAAAAAUAGGGAGUUGUGAAACACAGACCUUUCAUAAUUACUAAAGUUGGCUUAAAUAGAAGGUUCCAAAUAAUCCUUAAUUAAUAGCCAUUUGGGAACCCUAAGAGCCAAAGUAUUCCUGCUGUCUGAUCCAAACAUUUUAAUGGCUGGUAUUAAGCAGUUUUUUAGUAGCUGAGAUGCUACUAACUGACCAAAAUGUCCCUGUUUAUUUAAUGCAAACAUUGGCUUGCUAGUGUUUGUCACCCAGGCUUUAUAUAUAAUUAUUUAGGUUGAUAUUUUUGAGUAUCUAACAUCGGCCCAAUGAGCAUACAUACUACCAAAGGGGCACAUCUUUAAGCAACAAUGUGUGGCUGUGUCAGUGUUGAUAGUUAAAGUGUGAGAGAGGUGACAGUACACCCUUGUGUCAAUCAAACAGCCUACAGACCCCAGAGGAGAGUCAUCCUGUCUCUGUGUUGCUGGAUUAUUAGUGAGCCUUCAGUCUGCUGUAGCUUAGUGAGUAAUAAGUUUUGACUGACAACGGGUCCCAGAGCAAGUAGCUUUGUCUUUAUCUGCACCAAGAAAUCUCUUUGAGAGACGGUGUCAAAUCAGGUCUCAUGCACACGUUGCACAUAUAUAUCAGCUAGCACAUACCAACUGUUUGCUACACCGCCCACGCAGUCUCUCAAGUAGAGAAAUCUUUUUCCAUGGGCAGAUCCCUUGCUUGUGAAGUGGAUGGCCGCAGAGUGCGUGCAAGAGGUUGUUUUCCUAACGCACCCUUGCCUUUUUGGAUGCAGACAGUCGUGCACGUUAUCUCGUUCAUGCAGCAUUAGCUGCCCACGCACAGAAACAGUUGGAGAGAAACUUGAUGUCAGAGAGCUUGGUUGCUCUUGACUCGAGUUGAUGUGGCUGGUUCUUGUAAGGGAAGCAAAUUGUUCAAGAACAAGGUUUUCAAUAUCAGUAAAUUGGAAAUUCCUACAGUAUGAUAACCUUGAGUGAAAAUACCACAGUCACCCGUAUGGACACAGAAUUUCAAAGCAAAAACGUGUUUUGAUCCGAUUCCAAGCUGAAAAUGAUGCUAAAAUAGUAUAUUGAGUAAUACAGUAUAAUUUUACAUAGCAAUAAAAAAUUAGAUACAUUUCACAUAGACAUUUGAAAAGAUGUAUAAUAACACACCCAGACAAUGAACCGUUUUUUUUUUU